AUAUAUAUAUAUAUAAUAUGCAAUACAAAAAAGGUAGAAGCAAAGAAAUUAUUAACAUAAUUUAGAAAUAUCAUCGAGUUAUUACUCGUGUUUCAUGUGUACAUAUAAUACACAUACUUCAUCAUUCUAAAAAUUGAAAUUACAAAUCUAAACUACAUCAGUAAUAACAAGAUCUGUUAUUUCUACGAGAAAUGAUAAUAUGAUAAUAUUAAAUUUAAGUAUUAUAAUUAGCUAUAUUGUACUAUUUAAUCCUUUCAUUCAGAAGUAUUUGCAGUUGAAUGAAAUAAAAUUAGGGUUUAUCGUAAACCGUAGAAGCGAACUAGAGACUUGGUGUAUAUAGUAUAUAUUACGAAGGUACUAAAAAUUAAUGAGAAGAAAGAAAGAGAGAGAGAGAGAGAGAGAGAGAGAAUUUCACACACCAAAAUCAUAAAAUACACUUUGAAACUCAAGUAUCGCAAACUUUUUAUAUUUGCCUAAGAUUAAUGAAGUAUGUUAUUAAAAUAGGCAAUGACUAAUUUAUUUACAUACUAUAAACUCAAUGAUUUUUCACAUUUCUAACACUUGCUACACUGAAAAAUACAGAUUAACUUCAGCGCGCCAACACGACGUACGAUCGUGAUACGUUGUGUUGCGAAUCAUGAAACGACUGAUAGCAACUAAGUAUCGGCGCCAAUUGUCCGUUACCGAACGUCUUGACAAAAAUUCUAAGUAAAUGAUUAACGCAGCACAGGCAUCGGGACUUAUCUUCUUUAUGCAUAAACCAUACCAAUUUCGUGUCAUCGGAUUACUUCAUGAAUCAAUAAGCGAAAUAAUGUAAUAUAACGAUUAGUAAUAAUGUUAUCGAUUUACGAGGAGAGGCAAUUUAGAUGCAAACAUUCACACACUCUUCUAAAAGAGAGAGAAAGAGAGAGAGAUAGCCAAUCACUUUUAGGGAAUUAGACUGGAGGAUAAUGAUCGUUUUCUUUUUUCGUUUGUUCCUACGUUAAUCAGAGAGAGUUAGUAUCCUGAGUACAAUAUCGUACAUCAUUAUUAUUACCGUGUAAAAUAAAAAGAAAAGGAUUGUAAUCCAGAGCGGCCGUUGUAAAUGACUCUAUAGAGAUACACACAACACACACACACACACCCAAUACCAUAAAUAGGGAUUAUUAUUAUUAUUAUUAUUAUUAUUAUUAUUAUCAUCAUUAUUAUUAAUGUUAACGUAAGAUCCUUCAGAUAGCAUUAAUAAUACACAUCCCCGACAUAUAGACGAAUUAAUUAUCUAUCAUAAUCUAAAUCCACCCUUCGCCGGCUUGCUUUACGAAAUAAAUGUAUAAAUUAACGAUCGAUGCUUAUAAAGUGAAGGAGAGAAGACAUAAAAUCUAAAGACAUUCAUGAUUUUAACGUGUGAGAGGAGAUUUAAGAACUAGUUAGAAUCGCGGAGCUACACGGGCGAUGAGCUUAGAAUCGAAUUUGACGCAAUUUGCCGGGGGAGCUCUCAUGUGAUUUUUUUUGUAUUUAAGUGCCGCGAAAAAGAAUAUAUAUUACUCCCGCCGGUAGUCGCCCGCGUGGCUGCGCGCGACGACUACUCGACGCGCACAUAACACACGUAACGUGAAUUAUACAUACAUACACACGUCGGUCUCUGUAGAUAGGUACAUACAUACAUAUACAGCUUUGCUAAGUGUUUUCUGGUGAUCGGUAUCUAGCCAAAAUGUAGCAAAACGUUUAUAAUAAAAUGGUAACAUGCAUUGUUUCCCAAUUCAGAUUCCUGUCAAACGCGCAAACUCGUCACGACAUGUACGAGUCGUCUACAUUUUCUUUUUUUUUAUUUUUUUAUUUCAAUUCCUUCGCAACUUUCUUCAGUGAAAAGCUACGAAUCGAUACGUUCGCGAAAUAUCGCAUAAUAUAGAUUGCACAGAUUCCUACAAUCAAAGAGAGAGAGAGAGAAAGAGGAUGGAUGCAUUCCUUUCUAACGCUGUCAAUUAAUGUAUAUGUGUACGUAUUAUUAUGAUGUAUAAAUACGGAGAACAUUUCACUCGAGAAGCAAAAUGUUGAUUGUCAUGUCUGAUUUAUACGCUUUUUAUUUAGAGUUAGACGAAUUUAUCACGACGAAUGUCUAGUCGUAAAUUGUUUUUUUAAUAUUUGUAAGUUUUAACUCCACAUUUGAGUUAUAAAUUUGCAAAAGUACAAAAAUCAGACGACUAUUAAAAAAAAAAGUAUUGUAUUGGAUUCUAUAAAUAUCAUGAUAUAAUCAAUGUUACAAAAUAAAAUUACAUUCCUUUGAAUUCAAAGAUCAUUGCUUGCGAAUGUAUAGAUCGCACAAAUGAACGCGUAUAUCUUUUAAAUUUUUUUCUACUUCAUAUGAUACAUCUUUUUAAAAUUUUAGAAUAAAUUAAGUAAACUCUCGUUGCUCUUGUUUCAAUUAUAAGACAAUUCUUUUUUUUUUUAAUUAAAUACGUUUAUAAAAAUACAAGUACCUACAUUACGAUUCAAAAUUAAUAAUUAUUAACUGUCGCUUUUAAAAUUAACGAUUCUAUUUCUAAAACGGAUGAAAAGGAAUUUCGAUUAGUUUUGUCACAUGAAAUCAUUGCUCGAGAUUGAAAUUGUUGACUGAAAAAAGACUGGACUAAAUUUUAAAAUUCAAAUCGCUAUUCCGAAACUUUACUUGCCUCGUUCUGAUUGGUCGAAUCGAUUUCCAGCCUGUAAUUUCUAACGCACAGCUCGAUACGGGCUUCAGUUUCAGUAGCUUCGUGAGUAAUUUUCCUACCAUCGACCGUCAUGAUGUUACAACAACGCGCUUGCGGUCUUGUGAUUUUUCGCCGAUUUCAAGAUACCAUUCAGUAUCUGCUGAUGCAGACGUCGUACGGAGAACAUCACUGGACACCGCCUAAAGGUCACGUUGAUCCGAACGAAUCUGAUAUGGAGACGGCCUUGCGCGAAACCCAAGAAGAGGCUGGUUUCGUGGCGAACGACUUGAAAAUUUUCGAAGACGCGAGGCACGAGAUGACAUAUAAAGUGAACGGAAGCCCAAAGAUCGUCAUUUAUUGGCUGGCGGAACUGCUCAAUCCGGACAAGCCCGUGAGAUUGUCGAAUGAGCAUCAGGCGUUCGACUGGCUGCCCCUAUGCGAGGCGUGUGAUCGCGCAAAAUACGACGAGAUGCGGAAAGCGCUUAACGAAUUCGAUAAAUAUAUAUCGCGAAACCUUGCGUAGAUUUUGUUUCGAAGGAUAUAUAAUUUAAAUACGUUUUUAUCUCAUUCAAUUAUUUCCAACUAUGU